AUGUCCGACAUCCGUAGGCAGUCAUCCAUUGCUGCACGGGUACAAGCUCUAACACUCCACGGUCUGGGAGUGAAAACACCUGAGAUUUUCAGGGUAACCGGUAUCAAAAGGGAGUCCUUCAAGGCCCUCCUUCGCCGGGCUAAGGAUAGGGGAUAUACCCCCGGGGGGCCUAUCAAGGAUGGGCAUGUUGCUGAUGGCCACAGGAGUGGGCGGCCUAAAGUGGCUAAUAAAAGACUCGCAAGUCGAGGGUUCAGGGUGUAA